UACCCGUGCUAUGCUACUCUUCCAAAGGAGGAGGAAAAGAACAUUGCAGAUUCUUCCUCUUACCCUCUCACAAAGAUAAGACGGAUGAAGAUUUUCCAAAACAGAGGCUGAUCACCCAAGGCCUUCACUCUUUAUUUCAUUGACUGUGAAAUGCAAUGUUUUCAUUUUUUUUUUUUUGCUGCUGAAAAAUCUGUUUUAUAUUUGCUACCUUCUAACAUGCAACCUAAAACUUCUGAUUUUAAAAUGGUGAAAAUUGAGUUUUUCAUUUGCAUAGAUACUCUGGAAGUAAAAUGGUAAAUUAAAAACAACAGUUAAUGCCUGUUAGGCUCCAUUCAGUAUGGAUUUUGAGGUAGUAAGGAGGGGAUACUGGUAUCCUACAAAGAAGUAAACAAACUCCUUGUUUAGGAACUGGCCCUAAGAAAGAAAAGGAUGUUUUCAUUAAUCUUUUUAACUCAAAUGUCUAAGCAUUUUAAUAAAAACUUUCCCAUUUAAGGAAGGAGAAGAAUUUUCUUCUUCCUUGAAUUGAGCCAUAUCAAUGGGUUCUAUUGUGGUCCCAAACCCUGAAGGAGACAUAUAAUCUGGGAAAGCACACAAUGCAAUGGUCUGAAUGACCUCAUCAGCCCCUCUGCCACCUUAAUUAUCUGGUAUUUAUUGGUUUAUAACUUGGAUUUGGUCCUCAGAGGCUCAUGGGCAGGGAAAACCAGACCUGGAUGAGUGAGUUCAUUCUGCUGGGGCUGUCCAGAUGCUGGAACACUCAGGUCUCCCUCUUCGUCCUUUUCCUGGUCAUGUAUCUGGUGACUGUGCUGGGGAACUUCCUCAUCAUCCUCCUUAUCAGACUGGACAGCAGGCUACACACACCUAUGUACUUUUUCCUCAGUGUCCUGUCAUUUGUGGACAUCUGUUAUACCAACAGCACCGUCCCACAGAUGCUUGUUCACUUCCUGUCAGCCCGGAAGUCCAUCCCGUUCCACAGCUGUGUGCUCCAGCUGUUUAUCUCCCUGGCCAUGGGCAGCUCCGAGUUUUUCCUGCUGGGAGCCAUGGCCUAUGACCGCUAUGUGGCCGUGUGCCACCCGCUGCACUACACAGCCAUCAUGCAUGGGGGGCUUUGCCUGGCGCUGGCUACUGGCUGCUUGGGGGCUGGCUUCAUGAAUUCACUGAUGCAGGCAGUGAUCAUCUUCCAGCUACCUUUGUGCCAUAAUGUCAUUAAUCACUUUGCCUGUGAGAUGUUGGCUGUGCUGAGGCUGACCUGUGUGGACAUCUCCUUCAACAAGGUCAUGGUGGCCAUCUCAGGAUUUUUGGUGAUCAUGCUUCCCUGUUUCCUGGUUCUGUUCUCCUAUGCUCGUAUAGUUGCUGCUAUUCUGCAUAUCCGCUCCGCCCAAGGACGCUGCAAAGCAUUUGAGACCUGUGCUUCCCACCUCACUGUGGUUUCCAUGUGCUUUGGAACAGCCAUCUUCACAUACUUGAGACCCUCUGCUGGCUCCUCAGCAGAGCAAGAGAAGAUGGUCGCUCUGUUCUACGCUGUGGUGACCCCGAUGCUAAAUCCCUUAAUCUACAGCUUGAGGAACAAGGAGGUAAUGAGCGCCCUAAGAAGACUGUUGGGAAAAUUAAGUGAAAAAAGGUGAAGAUUCAAAGAAUUUCUCCUUCCUUCCAAAAGCCCAAAGAAUGACAUUUCAAACAAAGAGGAAAUGAUGGACAUGCCCUUUUCUCCAGAUUUGCUGAUAAGGUAGAUCAAGGUGAGCACAGUUUUGAAGACUGACUUUUCACAUUAGUCCACAUUUUGACUAUGUAUUACCACCUUCUUAUGCAUACAGUAAAAAAAAAAAAAGCUUCCAGUUACUAAGUUGGGGUCUGCUGGGUUAGCAGUCUUUCCAGAGUUCACAUUCUCCCCUCCCCUUUCUUAUUUCUCCCGCAUAUGCCCCUAGGAAAUGCAGUGUGGACAAUGAAAAGUCUCAGAAUGAGGGCAGCCAUGCUUCACAUCUUGACCCACCCCUCAUCAGCAAUGUGACUUUAACAAAUAUGUUUAAUACCUCCAGUUUCCUCAACCAUCAAAAGAAGGAAUGACAUUCAAUGUGUGAUUAUUUUGAAGAUUAUAGAUAAUCUAUGUAAAAUACUUGCUAGGGUGGUGGUAUAGAUAUUCAAGUAUUUAAAAAAAUUAAUGUUUAUUUUUGAGGGAGGGAGAGUGGGAGAGAGGCAGAGAGAGAGGGAAACA